AUGGAGAUUGAUAAAAAACGCAGUGAAAUUCCUUGUUACUGGGAAAAUCAGCCUAUGGGAUGUCAAAAAUUAAACUGCGCUUUCCAUCACAACAGAGGACGCUACGUUGAAGGCCUAUUCCUACCUCCAAGCAAAACUGUGUUGCCCACUGUGCCAGAGUCACCAGAAGAGGAAGUGAAGGCCAGUCAACUCACAGUUCAGCAGAACAAACUGUCUGUGCAGUCUAACCCCUCUCCUCAGCUGAGGAGCGUUAUGAAAGUAGAAAGUUCUGAAAAUGUGCCAAGCCCUACACAUCCACCAGUGGUAAUCAAUGCUGCAGAUGAUGAUGAAGAUGAUGAUGAUCAGUUUUCUGAGGAGGGCGAUGAUACCAAAACACCCCCCAUGCAGCCAACUCCUGAAGUCCAUAAUGGAUUACGACUGGCUUCUGCCCGGAAACCUGGAGCAAAUUUAAAGCAAGGUGAAUGUUUGAAUUUUGGAAUAAAAACUCUUGAGGAAAUUAAAUCAAAGAAAAUGAAGGAAAAAUCCAAGAAGCAAGGUGAAGGUUCUUCAGGAGUUUCCAGUCUUUUACUCCAGCCUCAGCCCAUUCCAGGUCCUGAAAAAGAGAAUGUCCGGACUGUGGUGAGGACAGUAACUAUGUCAAGCAAACAAGGAGAAGAACCCUUGGUUAGAUUGAGUCUUACAGAGAGACUGGGAAAACGAAAAUUUUCAGUGGGUGGGGACAAUGAUCCCCCAUUAAAGCGGAGCCUAGCACAGAGGCUCGGGAAGAAAGUGGAGGUGCCAGACACUAACCCUGACAAAACACAAAAGAAAGUUCAAGUUUCCAAGUCUUUGAAGGAGCGUUUAGGUAUGUCAGCUGGUCCAAACAGUGAGGAGACAACAGAGAGAGUUAAUAAAGUUGGUGAGAUCCAUGUCAAAACAUUAGAAGAAAUUCUUCUUGAAAGAGCCAGUCAAAAACGUGGAGAACUACAAACUAAACUCAAGACAGAGGGACCUUCAAAAGCUGAAGAUUCUACUUCAGGAACAAGAAGUUCUUCUGCUGUCCGAAUUAAAACUUUCUCUGAGGUCCUAGCUGAUAAAAAGCAUCGGCAGCAGGAAACCGAGAGACAAAAUUGCAAAAAGGACGCAACUUGCAUUAAGCUAAAGAGUAACACUGAUAUAAAAAAGCCAGUGGUUUUACCACAGGUGGUUGUCAGCACAGGGCAACCAGAAGAGCCUGCAGGAAGAGCACGGUCCAUGCAGGAAGUGCACAUUAAGACACUGGAGGAGAUUAAGCUGGAGAAGGCACUGAGGGCACAACAGAGCUCAGAGAGCAGUGCCAGCUCCCCGCCUCCACCGGAGGCCACCCCCACAGCCAGACGGCUUCUGCGAAUCACCAAAAGAACAGGUACAAAAGAAGAGAAGAGACUUCAGGAAGGAAGUGAAGUUGCUUCUCAGAUGAGUGUUACUGUGGCAGAGGCUAAUGAGGCUCUAGAUGAGUCCACUGGAGUUGAUAUCACUAAAGUUCCAGCCAAGAAAUGUGAAACCCUGAGAGAGAAGCUCGUGCAGAAGCCGCAGGAGAGGGGGGCCUCACACAAGGAGAAAUCUGUCCUCACGCCCCUCCGGGGAGAUGUUGCCUCUUGCAAUACCCACAUGGAGAAACCAGUGCUCACAGCUGCGUUAGGCAUUGCCCGGCACUUGACCAAGCGGCUUCCCACAAAGCCAUCCCAGAAAGGGGAGGUAGAAACCUCCGGGAUUGGGGACUCCAUAUUGAAUGUGAAAUGUGCAGCACAGACAUUGGAGAAAAGGGGUAAAGCUAAACCCAAAGUAAAUGUGAAGCCAUCUGUAGUCAAAGUUACUUCACCUCCCAAGCUGGCGCCAAAACGCAAGGCUGCAGAGGUGCACCCUGCCGUCAUUGCAGCUGUGAAGCCACUCAGCAGCGUCCUGCAGGAAAGUCCAGCCAAGAAAGCAACCAUGGCUGUUGUCCCGCUCCUCUCUGAGGAUACAGUAGCCCCCAAGACGGAGCCAGAAAAACCUAAAGACAGUUUUGUGCUGCCUCCAACCCAGUCUUCUUCAGAACCCUCACCCCCAGAAGUAUCUGGCCCUUCUUCAUCCCAGGUAGCCACGAAAACUUGCCGACUCAGCUCUGCCUCAACAGGAAAGCCCCCACUGUCUGUGGAGGAUGAUUUUGAGAAACUAAUAUGGGAGAUUUCAGGUGGCAAAUUAGAAGCUGAGAUUGACCUGGAUCCUGGGAAGGACGAAGAUGACCUUCUGCUGGAGCUUUCAGAAAUGAUUGACAGCUGA